AGCCACUCCGACCAAACACCACGUGGCACGCGUCCGAGUUGCACGUGCAUUCGCGGAGCUGCGAGAGCCCGGUGCGCGCGAGAGAACGGGCGCUUGCGAGAGAGAGAGAGAGAGAGAGAGAAAGAGAGAGACAGAGAGAAAGAGAGCGAGAGAGCUUGCGAGAGAUCGAAACGACGUUAUCAUCUCGUCGCCGGGAACAGUCGAGCGCGAUCUUUCUUCUGCAUCGAAGAGGCUGCUGCCCCGUUCCUCGUCCUCCACGCGCAGCUGCUUCUUUCUGUAGCUCGUCCUCCUCGAUCCUCCCCCUCCGCCAUCUUCACCCUCGCUCUCUCAUUCUCCGUUCCUGAGCCUUGCGUAUCUCUCUCUCCUGCCUCCCUCCACACCCGCCAACCCCUUCUCGAGUCCUUCGACGCGUUUUAUGCAAACGAUCGGCUACGUCGUUAUAUCCGGACUACUGUGACGUGUCAGACUUAAUCGUGCUUCGAGAAGCCUGUCGAGACUCACGUCCGCCGAGUCUUUGUCGAAGCUCAACGACCAUCAGCAGAGACGAAGAUUCCGACGAGUUACGGACAAGACGAUAAAAUGACUAUGGAUGGCAGCAAGAGCGAGCCGGGCAAGAACGGGGCCACUCAACAGGAAUGCGCGGGUUGCGGAAAGGCGAUUACGGAGAGGUACCUCCUGAAGGCGUUGGACAUGUACUGGCACGAGGACUGCCUCAAGUGCGGAUGCUGCGACUGCAGACUCGGCGAGGUCGGCUCGACGCUCUACACGAAGGCGAAUCUUAUUCUCUGCAAAAGAGACUACCUGCGGCUCUUCGGCAACACCGGCCAUUGUGCGGCGUGCAGCAAGGUGAUCCCGGCGUUCGAGAUGGUGAUGCGCGCGAGGACUAACGUUUAUCACCUGGAGUGCUUCGCUUGUCAACAGUGCAAUCACAGAUUUUGUGUGGGUGACAGAUUUUAUCUCUGCGAUAACAAGAUCCUGUGCGAGUACGAUUACGAGGAGAGGUUGGUGUUCGCCAACAUGGCUCUGCAUCCGCCGCCUAGUGCGACUUUGGCGCACAUCAAGAGGCAAGUGACUCAUCUUCAGCCACAGACCGUAGCCGCGGGUGGCGCUCAACGACAAGCGAACGGGGAGACGGCCCAUAACCACAACGGAUAUCCAGCGCCAGCCAGCUCGAGCGCCCAUAACGUCCUGAACCCCAUGAAUAAUUUAAACGGUAUCAAUGCGCAAGCAUCGUACGAUGCCAAAUGACAAACGAAGUAAGCGCCGAUAUAUCGAUUGAGUCGCGCGCGCGCGCGCGUCGCGGACGGGGCGUCGCGCGAAAAUCCGCAUCUCGACUGUCCUCCUCGUUGUCUACGUGUAGCUUACCACCCCGAUCGUCCGAAAGCAGUAACUUUUAGCUCGUGGCAGAUCGCGCAUAAUCGAUUAUCUCCUAACUGUCGCAAGUUGUAUUGUUAAGUUGUCGGCGUCGCGAACGAUGUCGGAGGGGGCGGUGUGUUUUAUCGUAUAGAUAUGUAUUAUAUAUCCGCAUUGAACGGUCCGCUUGGUCGCGAAUGAAGAUCGAUGGGGACGAACUCUCCGAAGUCCGGUUUAUGUAAAUAGAAGAUUACAGCCAUAAAAUACGAUGGUGUCCGAGCGAGACGGCGCGAUUAAGCGGGGUAUAAGCGGUGCGGGAGACUUUAGACUUUAGAGUAAUCCUUUCGUUUGCGUAGGGUCUCGAUCGGCGGAAGAGAGAAUUCGAUAGAUUCGCUACGUUGGGAGGAGAGUUUGAUAUGAUGAGGAAUGUAUGAUAUUUUCCAACAGCUGACGAAAUUGCACGAAGCGACUCCCGUUUCUCCCGUGUCACGCUGCUCGACGAACGUCGUCGUGUCUCCCGGCUGAAUCGUUAUUCCCGUUAUUCAAACUAGAUUCUCCAUUGUAAGAUAGAAGGGUGUGGGAAGUACUCUUUCGUUAUUUCGCCCGAUCAGAUUCGUGUGCCCGAUACACGUCGGAAGGAAUUCGUCUUCCCCCGCGCUUGGCCGGCUAAAUGAUGAAUAGAUAGUUAGCUGGAUAGCUGGAUAGAUAGACAGAUAGAUAGAUCGAUAGAUAGAGAACUAGGUAAAAUAGAUAGACAACGGAAACGUGUAUUCGCCAAACACGGCGAACUAUUGGUGCUCUCUAGACUAUAAUUGAUGGAACUUACGCGACUCGGUCCAAGAACGCGAGAACUGCUGAAGAGAAGAACACGAGCUGAUGAGAAGGGAAGAAAAAGCACGUACAUCGACAAGACUUUUCUUGACGGAAUAAAAACGAAAGUCCGCGUCGCCGCGGAAACUUUCCUCUCCCUCGCGCCAUCGCGAAUUCCACGAUGCGUACGCAUCGUAUCGACAUCGAGACUACCGGCCGGUCCAAGAGAGAUCUUUAACAGCCGCCGUCGCGAGAAACCCGAAACUUCGGGGCGGUAAUAAAGUUUGGUCUCUCGUGUUUAAUGCCUGCCACGGCGGAGCAGCGCGUCGGUGAGGCGGUGCAGGACCCUCGCCGAGGGUCUUGCUCCUGCCGGACGACGAGAGGACGACGGACGUCGGGAACGAGAGAUCGAAUCGGUGGACUUUGGGAGUUAUGCAGUGCAGCAACCGCCGUCGCUGCCGUCGCUGCCGUCGCCGUCGCUGCCGCCGCCGCCGCCGCCGCCGCCGCUGCCGCUGCCGCCAACUCGCCACCCCAUGGGGCUCAUACGUUAGGGGUGACUUAAGCAUUGUUUCAACUUCGAAUCUCCCGGCAGAGGCCCAGAUUGAUGUCGCGAACUUUUCCGCUGCCUUAUUUGCGAGUCAGAUAACGAGGUUGAGUUAUGCCGAAAGUUCUCUCUCGCUCUCCGGCCCGGCCCGUGCUGAUCGUAUCGGAUCACGAGGAAUACCCGCAGUCUCGGGAAGGAUGUUUUAUUUCCUUUUCCCGGGCUCUUCGGGGAUUCGUCGAUGCCAAAAGUACCUAUGUCGAACGAUAAUGGGCCGGCAGCUGCGCCGGGAAAUUCUAGCGAGGGUUAACCCUUGAACGCGGACGCAACUCCCGCACACGGUUUCCCGGCCGCUGCGCGAGACGAGACAAAGAGUUUCGUUCGUCACGAUUAUUACGGUAAUUUGCUUACGCUAAUGUGUAAACAUCGCGACCCCCCAUUUUACACGAAGCUGAAACUGAAAUCGGCUGUGAGAGAGACCAUCGUUAGUGAAUUUCGUUGAGAAACACUCGUCUUUUACACGCUCGUUACAUCGACCGUUGCAAUUCAGCUGUUGCGGAGGACGCAAACGAGAAUUGCAAACGCUGCUAAUUCGUCGCUGCUCCCGAUUAUUUUCCCGAUCUUAUACUUCCCGUGUGCGAGAUACACACGUGUGUGUAAUAAACAGUGCCAAUUUGUUAGCCCAUCUCUCGCGGUUAUCACUCGCGAAUAAGAGAACACUGCACGAUCGUUUAACACUGCAACGAAUCGCAGUGUACCGAUCAUCGCUAUCAGACACAAGCCCGCGGCUCGGUGAAGCGGCUUGCAUUCACCGGACGCGUUGAAGUCGCCCAUCUAGGCGCGAUUUUGUGGAAACAGAGAAUCCUGCGUGAAAUUUCUGUCGGCGGUCAAAGACACGUCGACGAUGCGUCUGUUACAAACGAUUAACUCGCGGAAUGCGCGACGAUUCCAGAAUAAAAUCAGCAUAGUUCCUACACAACACAACACAAAACCGACUAAGUCCUCGACUACGAGACCACUAACGGGAUAUUUAUACCAUACUAUGCGACUAUCGAGUGCGAACAUUUAAACGACAAGCAGGCGAGCACAACGCGAGUACUUUCGGAGGAAUGCUAAACCUUUUUGUACAUUUGAUCCCAUGUUGUGUGUGUAUGUGUGUGUGUGUGUGUGUGUGCGCGUGCGUGCGUGCGUGCGUGCGUGCGUGCGUGCGUGUGUGUCCACGGAUCGCGUCCUAAAUCCACACGUAAAUCACGAGCAGUGUUGUACGUAUCCAGUCCCGAUUGCGCUUGGAACACGAUGUACGCGAGAAUCGAGAUAUUAUCAUUAAAGAAAUGUGUAUGCGUUCGCUAGUAUAGAUACGUUUUGUAUUAUAGUUCUAUCAUAGAGGUAUUAAUAAAUUUGUUUCGAUGUUA